UGAUACCUGAACAACAUACAGCUAAAACACUUCUGAAGAAGAACCAGCUACACCAGUCAGAAUGAAGACGAUUCUGUCCGUUACGCUCAUGGUUAUGGCUCUUUGCCUGAUCUCGGUCUCUGAGACUGUCCAGGUCCAGGAAGGCGAAUUUUCCUUUUCAUUAGAAUCUGUAAAAGUUCUGCAGCAGAUGACCGCCCAACCUCGAACACAAAACCCACGUCUGGCCAAGACAAGCUACUAUUCUGUGUGUGCCAGUCCGACCCUGCCGCAGGAGAUGGUGCCCCUGUGCAUGCAGAAAGGAGCAACAUUGUCUUUUGCUAGACUUGCUUCAGUGCCUGUGGAUGUCUGUGAAAUAUGUGCUUUUGCUGCUUGUACCGGAUGCUAAUCCUCUUCUACGCCUGUUCUGAACCACAUCAUAAGUUCUCAUGUUGUGUAUCAUCAAGCAACCAUCCACAUAUUGUCAUCUUGGCAAACAAAUGGCAAAACUGUCAGCAGACGGUUUUUUUAACUGUUACUUGCUUAACAUUGAAUUUUUCCUCUUCUAAUGUUUUGUUUUGUUACAGUGCAUACUUCAUUUAUUUAAGACAAAAUAUCCUUGUAAUCUAUUUAUCCUCCUCUGUGUGUGAUAAUGCUUAAAUGUUCAAUA